UCUAUUUUAAGGCACGAGCACAGCAGCGGUGGCCUCAGUCUCCGCCUGCAGUGCUUUGGCUCGCGUCCCUUCCCCACUUCUCCUAAGGGCCUUGCCAGCAUGGGUCCCUGGCCCGGCUCGCCGCUCGCCGCCCUCCUGCUGCUCCUCAUCCGCGCUAGCAACGUGCACUGCGACACUCCUGCCAACUGCACCUACCCUGACCUGCUGGGCACCUGGGUCUUCCAGGUGGGCCGCAGCGGUUCUCAGCGCGAGGUCAACUGCUCGGUUAUGGGACCACCAGAAAAAAAAGUAGUGGUGCACCUUAAGAAGCUGGAUACGGCAUAUGAUAGCUUUGGCAAUUCUGGCCAUUUCACCAUCAUUUACAAUCAAGGCUUUGAGAUUGUGUUGAAUGACUACAAGUGGUUUGCCUUUUUUAAGGAUGUCACUGAUUUUAUCAGUCAGUUUUUCAUGCAACUGGGAACUGUGGGGAUAUAUGAUAUGCCACAUCUGAGGAACAAACUGGUUAUUAAAUAGAGCAUCUGUUGAGGGCCUCUUUUAAAACCACAGCCAAAAACAGACUUUGGGGCUAAGAGGCAAGAGGCAGAGCAGCAUGCGGCAGUGGACCUACCUACCUCUAACAGCUAGCAGAGGCCUCUAGCAGCUACAGGCCCUUCUGGAGUCUUUAUGUGCAUGUAACAUACAGAGGAGUCCUGGUAACCUACCUCCAAGGCAGCUGCCCUCCUGAACACUUCCUUGGAAAGCAGCAACUGCCAUUUUGGAAUGUGAACAACCAAAGACCAAGCAGGAAAAAGAAAAAAAAUCUGGAAGUCUUAGGUGGCUUCACCAUUCAGCCUUUGAAUAAAAGGAACAAUAUGCAACACACAUUUCUUUCUUAUUUUCUCUUUUGAAAACUCUUCUGUUGAAAUGAUUUUUUUCAGACUGCUUUUAGGACUUGACUUAUUUGUUUUAUUUUGUUAGCAGUGCAAAUUUUACUCACAGUUAAAUGGACUUCCCAAGUGCCUUCUCUUUCUCUAAUGACCUUGAGGAACCCCAACACCUAUUAUAAGAAUAAAAUUAGGCUUCAGCAUAUCUUGAGAUGCACAGAUACAUUAUGGGUGGGAAGAUGGUCCCAGGGGGACAUGUUUGGGGGAGGAGGCUUUCUGAGAUAAACCAAACCGCUGAAGGGUCUCUUUUUAUAGAUCAUAGAUCUGCAGUACCCCUGUCCAGAAAGAUGGUAUGAUUAAUACAUUUUUUUUUUGGUGUUUUUUACAAUUAGGUGCCAGCCUUGUGCUAAGAACUUGACAUGCUUUACGUUACAAAAAUCCCAUGAAGUAGAUAUUACUAGCUUCAAUUUUCAGAUAGGGAGAAUUAGUCUCAUACAGUGCUUAAACUCACACAGCUUCUAACUGUAGAAUGAUAUGGGCUAUUUGUCAAGUUUGUUUCACAAAGAAGUAUUGGUACUUGAAGUCACAUUUGGGCAGGUUUUCUGGUGAAUCCUAGUCUGUAAGCAUCACAAAUGUUCGUUCAGUGCACUGCAUUGGCUCUUGCUGAAAUUUUAGGAGAAGAAUUGGCUUGAACCUUAGAUUUCCAUACCAAAUGAGGCUACUGACUUUCUUUCCUAAGCCCAGAUCCCUUAUUCAAGACAAAAAUUUACUUUCUCCAUCUCUUUUUGGUUCUCCAAAUUGAAGGAGAGUUUUGUAAACUUCAAAUUAAGUACACUUGCUAAAUUUACUUCUCUUAAUUACACUAUUGUUCAAACUGAUUGCUGUCUUUUAGGUCUUUCCUGCUAAUGAACAAUGGACUAGUUUCCUCCUCAUUGGUUUAGAGCUGAUUAAACAUCAGCCUUGGCAAACCAAAAAUGUGGGGCUACACCUAAUUCUUAUUGUCUGGGAGGACUUGUCCGCAUCCCUUGAAUUGCUUCUUGAGCGGAGGAGUCUUUCUCUAGAUAGUAGGUUGUCAUCAUUACUUUAUUGGUUCAGAUAAUUAUUUAUAUCAUUUGAGAGGCACUGGUCUGCUGUUCUGGGAAGGUUAUAUCUUAUAAAAACUAAAUAAGAGUACAUCCGACUGCCACCUGGAUACUUUUUUCUAUCCUGAUAAUUCUUUAUCACUCAGGAUCUUGAUGCCACCUCUGUGAAAUUCCCCACCUUUCUCCCUUACUGGGAGGAAUGCCAUUAUUUUGGUUCCAAUUAUACUUUGCAGGUAUCUCUGCCUUGGUAGUACUAACUCUGCUGUAAAUGGAAUGACUUGAUAGCAUGUCAUCUUCUUCCAGACUGAAGAUCUGUGUAUCUUCAGCACCUAAUGCAUGUAGAACUUUAUCUUGGAACUUUAGUUUGGAAAAUUAUCCACAUUUCUUUUGUCUUUUCAAAGACUUCAGAAGUAAUGCCAGCUUACAAAGAAUUAAUUCUAUAGGGUUCUAGAAGCCCAAAUUAGGAACGGUGCUAUGUUUAUAUUUUUGGUCCUCUGUUCUAAAAAAAAUAUUAGGUUACAUAACUUACAGGGUUCUGUAAGAGUUGUGUGUUUUCAAACUGAUUGUCCGGAUGUAAAUACUGACAAAGCAACCAAUGUGUUUAAGAAUAUAUUUAGCAAGGCAUCUAAAAUCACCCCUACUAAAGUGUUUUUUUUCCCCCUGUUUCUUUGAGUAUCUUUGCAUCUAAAUGUUUGUUUUGAUUAUGGAAGAGAAAACUUGGGUACAAAAUUGCAGGUAUUUGUGUUAGUAGGCCCCAUAAUAGAUUACUGUUUAGCAUUCUCUGUUGUUAAUAGCCUGUUUGUCCUUUCCUCUGGCCUUUAAACUCCUUGAGGGCAGUGAUCAACGCUGUAUUAAUGACCAUUUUAUUCCUUAUGUAUAGUUCAAUAUGUGAUAAAUAAUAGGCCUUCAAUAAAUAUUUGUAAGAGAAAGAAAAUUGAAUAAUA